AUGUUCGAGGCCCGCUUUCCGGAAGCGCUGCUUUUAAAGAAAAUACUGGAGGCUAUCAAGGACCUAGUCCAGGAUGCCAACUUCGAGUGCACUGAGAGUGGCAUCACCCUCCAGGCUAUGGACAACGCUCACGUAUCGCUCGUCACACUGCUUCUGCGUGGCGAGGGUUUCGACCUCUACCGAGUCGACAAACCUGAAUCGCUUGGUAUUAACUUGAACUCUAUGUCGAAGAUCAUGCGUUGUGCGGCGAACAAUGACACUGUCACUGUGGACAAACUCGAAGGUGCUGACACGGUGCGCUUUCUCUUCGAAUCGCCGAACGCAGAUCGCAUGAGCGAGUUCCAUCUCAAGUUGAUGGAUAUUGACUCGGAAACGCUUGAGAUCCCCGAAUCCAUGUAUCACGCUGAGAUAGAGUUGCCCAGCGCGGAACUGCGUCGGAUCGUGAGUGAUCUCUCCACAAUGGGCGACUCCGUGCGCAUUUCUGUAAGCAAGGAGGGCGUCCGCUUUACGGUUCGUGGUGACGAAGGGAGUGGAAGCGUGAUUCUGCGCCAAAGUACCGGUGUGGAUAAGCCGGAGGAGGCGAUUCAUAUUGUAAUGAACGAACCGGUGGAGCAGAGCUUUGCACUAAAGUACUUGAACUUGUUCUGCAAGGCGGCGCCUUUGAGUGCGCGCGCACAGAUCAAACUGAGUAAGGAUGCUCCACUCUUGGUCAACUUCUCCAUGAACAAUAUCGGAUAUUUGGCUUACUAUUUGGCCCCGAAGAUAGGAGAUGAAGAUAUUGAAGAGUGA